AUGGCCUCCGAUCAAAACUUUCAGGAGUUGGAAGAAGAGUGUAUACGGCAGGCCAAUGUGUGCCCGCACUGGCUACCGGACGGAGAUGCUUUUUGGUACAUGAGUAUAAACUCGUCAGGUGCAUCUCGCUUCAUUUUUGUCGACUGUAUAAAAGGAGUUCGUCAAGCAGCGUUCGAUCACAGCGGUCUCGCCACUGAGCUUGCUAAACUGACCCAGCAGCGUAUUGAUGCCCGAAAUCUUCCAUUUUGGUGGCUCAACGUCGCGCGAGACGCUUCCUGGAUCCGCUUCCAGCUCGACGAACAAACAUGGCAAUACUCUCAAGAUGGGACCCUCCAGUUCUGGCAUGGAGAACUCGACCAGGGAAACUUCGAUUUUGGCUGUGAAGAGAAAGCCUCACCGUGGUCUCACGAAUCAAUCAUUCUCAGCCUCGCGAACUACACCUCUAAGACGAUCACCUUCUCGUGGAUUGACAAUGAGGGCGAACCUCGCCAAUUCGGGAGUCUGACUAUAGGACAAGUCAAGACACAACAGUCUUAUGUCGGUCAUAUCUGGCGAUUGGCCACUCAAGACUCGGACAGGAGUAUUUCCUUCUCUGUCAAGGCCGGUAUUUCGACUGCUCACAUUGAAGAGUUAUCUGACCGCCUGGUUUUGAGAUGGGAAAUGGACACGUUGGCUGAGAGCUCUAAUACUAAAGAUUCUGAACCAACGACAAUUUCAACCCGAAGGCCCGAGGUCUUUGUGCGUGACUUCAACGUCUGGCUGAGGAAUGCCGAUGGAACGGAGAGUCAGAUUUCCUAUGGCGGCUUCGUUGAUAAUGCCUUUAAAGACGACUGCAUCUAUCUAUCCUCCACAGGGCAGCAUGCAGUGGUUUAG